AAGCCCGUCAGGGUCUGGAUUUCCGAGGUCGAUGCUGCUGCCAGACGGAACAACAGCGAAGAGAUGGUUCGAUCCCGGCCCACAGGAGAAGAACUGCCCUUCUUCUUUCGCUUUGCCUGCCCGGGCCAGCUGGUUAGGCAGGUGUGAAGUCGGAGGGUCACUGCGCGGACAGGUUGUCAGUUAAAUACAAACCAGUCUGACCGGGGCGGGUGUGGGGGAGAGCAUGGAACCGGUCCUAAAAAGAAAGUCGACUCUCUUUUCUUCCUUCUUCCACGCCACCUUUUGUGUUGGGUCGCCAUCGUCGGUGCCCGCUGCGCCCCGCACUCUUCUUCUCUCAUGUCUGAGAGGGGGCCAGACGCGGGAGCACCGCCGGGGGCGGUAGCGGGCCAGCCGCAGCAGCGAGUGGAGGAGGCGGAGGGCUCUUGGGGGCAACAGAGGCUGACUUUUCCUCCUCCUCCUCCGGAGACCGAAGAAAAGGCGGGGGCUUCCCUGGCUGCUGCUGAGGUGAAGCGGCGACGCCCGGACGAGGAGGAAGGGGAGGGGGCUGCGCUGCUGCUCGGCGAGGAGGAAGACGGCGGCGGCGCAGCAGCCGGGGACGGCGACGACUGGCCCCCGACGGUGUCGCCGCGCCUCUUUCCCUUCCUCGGGGGCUGGUGGUGGCGGCGCCUGAGGCGGCGGCUCUUGUCCCUCUCGCCAUCCCCGCUGGGGACCCCGAGCUGCUGCUGCUGCUGCCCCUCCGCGGCGCCCGCCCGAUCCCUCGCGCACUGUUGUCAUGGAGGAGCCAAGAUGGCGGCCCUGGCCUACACCCUGGGCAAGCGGGAGAUCAACCACUACUUCAGCGUGAGGAGUGCCAAGGUGCUGGCGCUGGGCGCCGUUCUGCUGCUCGCCGCCUGCCACGCCGCCUCCCGCCGGUACCAAGGUGAUGAUACUUGUGAGUAUCUUCUCUCCAGUGGAAGAUUUCUUGGGGAGAAAGUAUGGCAGCCUCACAGCUGUAUGAUGCAUAAAUACAAGCAGGGUGAAGCAAAAGACUGCCUCGUGGACAAACAUAUUGCAUUUAUAGGCGAUUCUAGAAUUCGUCAGCUGUUUUAUUCCUUUGUAAAACUCAUAAACCCACAAAUUAAGGAAGAGGGAAACAAGCAUGGAAACAUUCCUUUUGAAGACACAUCUUCUCAACUCAAAGUGGAUUUUCUGUGGUAUCCAGAGGUCAAUGGCUCUAUGAAGCAGUGUAUCAAAUCUUGGAUUGAAGGUUCCUCUCCAAAGCCUCACAUAAUUGUAGCAGGAGCUGCCACGUGGUCUAUCAAAAUUCACAAUGGCAGCAAUGAAGCCCUCACACAAUAUAAAAUCAAUAUCACAUCAGUUGCACCUCUUCUGGAAAAAUUGGCAAAAAGCAGUGAUGUCUACUGGGUCCUUCAAGAUCCAGUUUAUGAAGAUAUGUUGAGUGAAAGCAGGAAAAUGAUCACUAAUGAGAAAAUAGAUGCCUACAAUGAAGCAGCAAUCAGUAUUUUGAACAGCAGCUCAAAAAAUUCAAAAGCUAAAGUAAAAGUAUACAGUGCAUCUAGACUGAUUGCAGAGGAAACCAUAACUCAGUCCUCAGAUGGCUUACAUCUUCCCGAAUCAAGCAGAGAAACAAGUGCAAUGAUUCUCAUGAACAUCUACUGCAACAAGAUUAUGAAGCCCAUUGAUGGUUCAUGCUGCCAGCCUCGGCCUCCUGUCACUUUGAUACAGAAGCUAGCUUUUUGCUUUUUUGCUGCCUCAGUAAUUGGAUAUUUAAUUCUCGUUCUCAUUCGUCGUAACAAUCAUCGGAAGAACAAGCCAUGCACUGAUAUGGAAAGUGGAGAGGAGAAGAAACCUGCCGCUAGUACUCCAGCAGUUUCUACUCUAGAGACACUCUUACAAUGCUUAUGCAAGCUUGGUUUGAUUAUGGCUUACUUCUACCUAUGUGACAGAGGAAAUCUGUUCAUGAAAGAAAACAAGUUUUAUACUCAUUCAUCCUUCUUCAUACCAAUCAUUUACAUCCUGGUAUUAGGGAUAUUUUAUACUGAAAAUACAAAAGAGACUAAGGUAUUAAAUAGGGAACAGACAGAUGAAUGGAAAGGCUGGAUGCAGCUUGUCAUUUUGAUCUAUCAUAUCUCUGGAGCAAGCACUUUUUUGCCUGUGUACAUGCACGUCCGUGUAUUGGUUGCUGCAUAUCUAUUCCAAACAGGCUAUGGGCAUUUCUCAUACUUCUGGAUUAAAGGAGAUUUUGGCAUUUAUAGAGUCUGUCAGGUCUUAUUUCGACUGAACUUCCUGGUUAUCGUAUUGUGUAUAGUGAUGGAUCGGUCUUACCAGUUCUAUUACUUUGUUCCUCUAGUUACUGUCUGGUUCAUGAUCAUAUAUGUUACAUUAGCUCUAUGGCCUCAGAUAGUCCAGAAGAAAGCCAAUGGUAGUUGCUUCUGGCAUUUUGGUUUACUGCUGAAACUGGUUUCCCUGUUCAUCUGUAUAUAUUUUCUAGCACAUUCUCAGGGUGCAUUUGAGAAGAUCUUUUCUCUUUGGCCAUUGUCCAAGUGCUUUGAACUAAAUGGGAGUGUCUAUGAGUGGUGGUUUAGAUGGAAAUUAGAUCGAUACGUCGUUUUUCAUGGGAUGAUGUUUGCUUUUAUUUAUCUAACAUUUCAGAAAAGACAGGUCCUCUCAGAAGGAAAGGGAGAGCCUAUCUUCCCCAGCAAAGUUUCAAAUGUUUUGUUAUUUAUUUCAGUAGUUUCUUUUUUGACAUACUCUAUCUGGGCAAGCAGCUGUAAAAACAAAACUGAGUGCAAUGAAAUGCAUCCUUCUGUUUCUGUUGUGCAGAUCUUAGCUUUCAUCCUUAUCCGGAAUAUCCCUGGCUAUGCUCGGUCUGUAUACAGUUCAUUUUUUGCCUGGUUUGGCAAAAUCUCUCUUGAGCUCUUCAUCUGCCAGUACCAUAUUUGGCUGGUAGCAGAUACCAAAGGGAUCUUGGUCCUCAUUCCAGGAAAUCCCAUGCUCAACAUUAUUGUCAGCACUUUUAUAUUUGUGUGUGUGGCACAUGAAAUUUCCCAGAUCACAAAUGAUCUAGCACAGAUUGCAGUUCCAAAAGAUAAUGCAGAUCUGCUGAAAAGGUUGCUGUGCAUAAGUGGAUUUUUUGCUGGACUUCUCUUUUUAUCAUCAGUUCAAGAACAAUCAAGCCAUUGAUUUCUAAGAAAUACUUAAAGUUUAACUUCAGGCUUACUUUGUUUCUGAGCCAAAACUCAACGGGAAUUCAGUAACCCCUGCCCCCAAAACAUCCGUGUCCCGGCAGUAGAAGAAAGGUAUCAAAGUGAAGUCAUCUGAAAAUGUGUAAGAUGGAACUAUCACUAUUUUGCAAUGGCAUAUCCUGUCACUAAAGGAAACAGAAUCAGAAAUGCACUGUGUACAACUGCAUGUAAAAAAAAUACAUCUUUUCUACUGGAGCAUUACUUCUGUUUACAUAUCUUCUAAUGAUAAUGUAUAUAUUGAGCAAGGUUAGCACAACAGGCAUUUAGAGACUGUUGCAUUCAUUUUACCUUAAGGCAUUAUCAGUUUGUUAAUAAUUACUAGCAUACUGCAGCUAAUGCUUUUGGAUGUUUUAAGGAACUGCUCUUAGUAAACUGACUCUGCAGCCUUAAAGACAGUUAAAUUCCUGACACCAAACAGCUUACUUAGAGUAAAAGUCCAUCUAAUGUUGGUGGACUGCACCAUAGCAAAUGGCUUGAAGCCUCCAGCCUAUCUAAGAAUUAGCAUUGAUGUGUAAUCAGAUUUUUCUUUUGGUAAUUGGGGAGUUUCUGAAUAGAAAUAGUUACUAACUUGUUUUAGUGAUGACUAUUUUGGAUAUAGCUAUUACAUCUAGGCAAUGCUUCAAGCACUGCAGAAGAAUCAUCAUGAUGAAUAUAAUCUCAAUACCCAUGUUUACAAACUGCAAAGCAUAGCAUUUCAUUGAAGGUAACUUUCUACAGCUUCAUAAAUGAUAUUCAUACAGAAGAUUUGAGUAGUCAUUUUUUUGUUUUCUAAAAUAGCUUUUUUCAUUUUUGUUUACGUAGUCUUUGUAUCCUACAAUAUUAGUGUCAAAGGUUCAGUAAAAAAUGAGAAGUCCCCUGGUAUUCUUCAGUUCUCUCUUCUGCUUCUUGCCAUGGAAGCACUGUCUUGCAUCUACAGAAAAACUCUGCUUGCUUAGUGAAAAUAACUUCAUAGGAACUGGAGACUUGUGUAUUAAACUCUUCAGUGAAGAAGUUAGGCACCUACCUAUGAACAUUAUGUGGCUUCUGUAAAAGGUUGCUUCUCAUUUUUUAGGAAGGAGUUUUUAUCACAAACUUAAAACUCAAGUCCUCUCAAAACUUGCAUUAAAUGGGGGUGGGGAUUACCUGCAGCCAAAAUAUACAACCUUAGUAUGUUCUUGUCAUCACUGUUUUAAAAGGGCUGUAAAUAGACUGUGUUAACACUCUUAACACAGAGCGUUAUUUGUUUUGUUUUUAAUUCUGCACAAGCCUAGAAUAGAAGCAAUAUUCUAUCUUUGAUAGAGUGAGCAGUUGCAGGUUCCUGGUGGUACAGAAAAGUUCCUUAUUCUUAAUGUUUAAAUUCUAAAAUGGUAGAAAUGACUAUCUAUUUAGGCCUUUUAAGAUUACUUUCUAGUUUUAUUCUCAGUCAAUUUUUUCUCGUUACAAUCUCAAGAAUGCCUUGUAGAUGUGAAAAAAUUCAGCAGUUAAGAUGGAAGGAAAUAGAAAUUAAAAUACUACAGCUUAAAUGGAACUCACUGGUUCAUUUUCCUGAUAAAGUAGAAUUCUGGCAUAAAAUAUGGGAACUGAAUAUGAAUGCAAGUUGAACUAGUAAUAAGAGUACAAAUUCUAGAGAGCAUAUUAAAGUGUAUAUCCCACAUGGGCCAUGAUCUAAAAUAGCAUGUAUACAUAUAAUUGUCAUGCUGAGCAUCCUCUUUAAAAGCUGUUCCCACAGCAGCCUCAAGGCUUCCUGUUGGGGAGAAAUUGCAGUUUCAAAAAUCAAUUUGGGAAUUGACAUAUGGGGACCGGAUAAUCGUGUGCAUGCACAAGUGGUAUUUCCUCCCUUCAAAAAAGUUCUUGUGCCCUGUCUCUGGCGUUUUAAAAGCAUUUUUAGGCUGCCAUGGGGAAAACUCCCCCCCCCCAAAGUGGCCACGUGGAAGUUGUGAACAUGCUUCUUUGGAUCAUGGCCCUGGGCAUAAUCCAGCAGCUUUUCCAUGCUACUCUUCUUUGCUGCAUACUGUUCUAGCACUUGAAGGAUGUAUAGACAGUAUUGUUUUCUAUGCAUAUGUGCAAUUAUAUGUAAUGAUAAACAAUAUGGGUUUUAAUUUAUAGAGUGUUUUGAUGUAUACUUUCUGACAGUGGGAACUCUACAGUCCUGUCAUAUAUUGAAAUAUAAUUACUGGGAGGGAAUUCCACUAAAGAAUAAUAGAUUAUUUCAUUUAAUGUUUAAAUUGAACUGUCUUGCUGGGUAUGUUAACUAGUAUAAAGAACUACAUUUCUAAGGUUUCUCAGUUGCCUGUUUGUUUCCAAGGGUGUGGAAAGUUAUACUUUGCCACCAGUUGGUGCAUUUGAUUUAUUAUUUGUUUAAUUUCUCUAAACACUGUGUAAUGGUUGGUAAGUCAUGGGCUGCAUGUACAACUGACAUCCAUAAUGUUCUUAAGAGGUGAGAGAACUUUUCUUAGGUGUGAGUUUGUUUUUAUGUUUAUAAACCAAGUAUUUUAGAUAUUUUAUUUAUCUGUUGUACAGAUUUGGUUAAAGUUUUUUUUAAUGUUUGAAAUAUUGCACUUGUUUGCUAUUACUGUAUGUGAAAAAUAUAUUUUUUCUUUUAAGGUUAUGUGAAAAAUAUGAAGUAAUUUAAACAUUAAAUAAAUGUGCUGUGGGUGCUUAUUUUUGUACUGAAAGGAGCAUCAA